GUCACAUCUCAGUGAGCUUCGGCUCUCACAGCCCGAAACUGCAAGGAGCUCCUCUGCCCAGCCUCUCUUUACUCCUCCUCUCUGCCCCUCAGCUCGCUCAUCUUUCUUCCCGCCCCCUCUCUUUUCCUUCUUUGGUUCUUUGAAGUGAUGAGCUAGCGCAACCACAAACCAUACAUUCCUCUUGUAGAAAAACCCGUGCCUCGAAUGAGGCGAGACUCAGAGAGGACCCACGCGCGGGGCGGACCCCUCCAAUUCCUUCCUCGCGCCCCCGAAAGAGCAGCGCACCAGCAGCCGAACUGCCGGCGCCCAGGCUCCCUGGUCCGGCCGGGAUGCGGCCGGUACCCGCUCCCCGCCGGGAACAACCUCUCCACUCUUCCUGCAGGGAGCUGGUGCCAGCCGACAGCCGCGCCAGGGCCGCUCCGGGUACCAGGGUCGGAUCGGGUGACGUCGCGAACUUGCGCCUGGCCGCCAAGCCGGCCUCCAGGCUGAAGAAGGACCCGCCCCGGCCUUGACCCGGGCCCCGCCCCUCCAGCCAGGGCACCGAGCCCCGGCCCUAGCUGCUCGCCCCUACACGCCGGCACUCGCCCGGCUCGCCCGCUUUCGCACCCAGUUCACGCGCCACAGCUAUGUGUCUCCGAGCCGCGCGGGCGCCCGCGACGCUACUCCUCGCCCUGGGCGCGGUGCUGUGGCCUGCGGCUGGCGCCUGGGAGCUUACGAUUUUGCACACCAACGACGUGCACAGCCGGCUGGAGCAGACCAGCGAGGACUCCAGCAAGUGCGUCAACGCCAGCAGCUGCAUGGGUGGCGUGGCUCGGCUCUUCACCAAGGUGCAGCAGAUCCGCCGGGCCGAACCCAACGUGCUGCUGCUGGACGCCGGCGACCAGUACCAGGGCACUAUCUGGUUCACCGUGUACAAGGGCGCCGAGGUGGCGCACUUCAUGAACGCCCUGCGCUACGAUGCCAUGGCACUGGGAAAUCAUGAAUUUGAUAAUGGUGUAGAAGGACUGAUCGAGCCAUUCCUCAAAGAGGCCAAAUUUCCAAUUCUGAGUGCAAACAUUAAAGCAAAGGGGCCACUAGCAUCUCAAAUAUCAGGACUUUAUUUGCCAUAUAAAGUUCUUCCUGUUGGUGAUGAAGUUGUGGGAAUCGUUGGAUACACUUCCAAAGAAACCCCUUUUCUCUCAAAUCCAGGGACAAAUUUAGUGUUUGAAGAUGAAAUCACUGCAUUACAACCUGAAGUAGAUAAGUUAAAAACUCUAAAUGUGAACAAAAUUAUUGCACUGGGACAUUCGGGUUUUGAAAUGGAUAAACUCAUCGCUCAGAAAGUGAGGGGUGUGGACGUCGUGGUGGGAGGACACUCCAACACAUUUCUUUACACAGGCAAUCCACCUUCCAAAGAGGUGCCUGCUGGGAAGUACCCAUUCAUAGUCACUUCUGAUGAUGGGCGGAAGGUUCCUGUAGUCCAGGCCUAUGCUUUUGGCAAAUACCUAGGCUAUCUGAAGAUCGAGUUUGAUGAAAGAGGAAACGUCAUCUCUUCCCAUGGAAAUCCCAUUCUUCUAAACAGCAGCAUUCCUGAAGAUCCAAGCAUAAAAGCAGACAUUAACAAAUGGAGGAUAAAAUUGGAUAAUUAUUCUACCCAGGAAUUAGGGAAAACAAUUGUCUAUCUGGAUGGCUCCUCUCAAUCGUGCCGCUUUAGAGAAUGCAACAUGGGCAACCUGAUUUGUGAUGCAAUGAUUAACAACAACCUCAGACACGCGGAUGAAAUGUUCUGGAACCACGUAUCCAUGUGCAUUUUAAAUGGAGGUGGUAUCCGGUCGCCUAUUGAUGAACGCAACAAUGGCACAAUUACCUGGGAGAACCUGGCUGCUGUAUUGCCCUUUGGAGGCACAUUUGACCUAGUCCAGUUAAAAGGUUCCACCCUGAAGAAGGCCUUUGAGCACAGCGUGCACCGCUACGGCCAGUCCACUGGAGAGUUCCUGCAGGUGGGCGGAAUCCAUGUGGUGUAUGAUCUUUCCCGAAAACCUGGAGACAGAGUAGUCAAAUUAGAUGUUCUUUGCACCAAGUGUCGAGUGCCCAGUUAUGACCCUCUCAAAAUGGACGAGGUAUAUAAGGUGAUCCUCCCAAACUUCCUGGCCAAUGGUGGAGAUGGGUUCCAGAUGAUAAAAGAUGAAUUAUUAAGACAUGACUCUGGUGACCAAGAUAUCAACGUGGUUUCUACAUAUAUCUCCAAAAUGAAAGUAAUUUAUCCAGCAGUUGAAGGUCGGAUCAAGUUUUCCACAGGAAGUCACUGCCAUGGAAGCUUUUCUUUAAUAUUUCUUUCACUUUGGGCAGUGAUCUUUGUUUUAUACCAAUAGCCAAAAAUUCUCUUUGCCUUUAAUGUGUGAAACUGCAUUUUUUCAAGUGAGAUUCAAAUCUGCCUUUUAGGACCUGGCUUUGUGACAGCAAAAACCAUCUUUACAGGCUCCUAGAAGCUGAAGGUUAGAGCAUUAUAAAAUGAAGAGACAGACAUGAUUACUCAGGGUCAGCAACCUAGUGAGUUAGAAAAAAAAUUAACAUAGGGCCCUAUAAGGAGAAAGCCAACUAUGUUGAGUUUACGUGUCCAAAUUUUAAUAAAAUUUUACUAACAAUUUUAAACCAUAUUUUUCUUCUUCAUAUCCAUUUCUAAUCCAUCAAACAGCUUAUGUUUACAUAAAAUUUUAUCAUUCACAAGGAAGUUUUAAGCACACUGUCUCAUUUGAUAUCCACAACUUAUUUUUGGUAGGAAAGAGAGAUGUUUUUCCCACCUGUCAGAUGAAAAAACUGAAGCUCAAAAAGGGUUGACUUGACCAUACAGCUAAUGCUGACAGAUCCAAGACCUAGACCUAGGUCUUUUGAACUCAAGUCCAGCAUUCUCAACUAUAUCAAGUUACUGUUCAGAAUGAUACUUAAUAUCUCCUCUCUUCAUAAUUAUCAAUAGCCCCAAGCUCAUGGAUGACAAAUCUCUGCUUUAUUUCUUGUCUCUAUUUUUUCACUUUAUAGCUCCUGUUAUAAUAGCAAGUUUAAUGGUAUAAACACAGGAUACCAUCCUCUCUUGCAACACCCAUGUGUCUUUGAUGAGUCAGGUAGCAAGCUGUAGUAGAUAAUGAGAAAGGCCAGAGGCUGCAAAAGACAGUCAAAGGACACGAGAGAAAGGGAAGAACAGGACACCAGGACUGUUUUAUAUUAUAGAAAAGCAAGAGCUAAAGAGCAUUUACACAUGUUAAACAGAUAUUUGUUAAGCAUAGUGCCUGACACAUGGCAUUAGCUAUUAUUUUAUGAGGUUCCAUCAGCUCUGCCUCUGUCCUCUUUCUUCUAACAUGAAGGUAUCAUGAGAAGAGAAUCUUCUAAGAUAAGCUGUAAUUCUAAACCUGCACUUGUCUCUCUCCAGCAAGAGGCUAGCACUGAAUUCAUUCUACUCAUACCACACACCUAGUUAUGGAAUGUCCAGAGUUCUCGAAGAAAAUAAAUGACUUUAGGAAGAGGUAUACAUUUUUUAAGUCGCUCCGCCUCCAAAUCUGAACAGUCACUGUAAAUCAUUCUUAAGCCCAGAUAUGAGAACUUCUGCUGGAAAGUGGGACCCUCUGAGUGGGUGGUCAGAAAAUACCCAUGCUGAUGAAAUGACUUACGCCCAAAGAACAAAUACUUAACGUGGGAGUGGAACCACAUGAGCCUGCUCAGCUCUGCGUAAGUAAUUCAAGAAAUGGGAGGCUUCACCUUAAAAACAGUGUGCAAAUGGCAGCUAGAGGCUUUGAUAGGAAGUAUGUUUGUUUCUUAGUGUUUACAAAUAUUAAGUACUCUUGAUACAAAAUAUACUUUUAAACUUCAUAACCUUUUUAUAAAAGUUGUUGCAGCAAAAUAAUAGCCUUGGUUCUAUGCAUAUAUGGAUUAGCUAUAAAAAAUGUCAGUAAGAUUGUACAAGGAAAAUUAGAGAAAGGUACAUUUAGGGUUUAUUUUUUACACUUGGCCAGUAAAAUAGGGUAAAUCCUAUUAGAAUUUUUUAAAGAACUUUUUUUAAGUUUCCUAAAUCUGUGUGUGUAUUGUGAAGUGGUCAAAGAAAUGACUUUGAACCACUUUGCAAUUGUAGAUUCCCAACAAUAAAAUUGAAGAUAAGCUC